AUGGUACCGAAUAGUAACGCCGCGGGUGGUGUCGUGGACGACGUCAUACGCUCCAGCUUAAGCUAUCGCUCCGUCUGCUCUGUGCCCUUGCAAUCAAAGCACCGCCUGAUGAUCUCCGGAGAAGCGACAGCGCUCGCGCAGCUAGACUUGGCUCUGGUUGCUAUACCGCCGCAGGCCGACAUUGAGGUCCGGAUGUCCUACUAUCGGCAGUGGGACUCCAACCGGGCCAAGGUCCAUUGCCGCCGUAGCGGAAAGAAUCCACCGCACUGGUCGACCGAGUAA